UGGAAUUAGCUUUUUCUCGCGCGCACACGAACGUCUGAACUAGAACAGUGCUCGUUGGUGCUCCGCGGAAGAAAAGAACAUCUUUCUGAGUGAGUUUUGUCGAUAGAUCCAUGAGAAAGAAAAGGAUUUCUGGAGUUUUCUAAGUUUAAGGAUUUCCUUGGUCAGGUUUUUGUUUUUGGUGUGGAUUGUCCUGGCCUUCGAUUGACUCUGAGGAGGUUUGGACUGGCGAACCAUUGAGUCUGUUCUUGGAUUUUUCUGUGAAAUAAAAGACCAGUUUGUGAACUCUGCGAAUGGUAGGAAAUGGAAUGGCGUUUACUUUUCUACUCGGAUGGAGGUAAUUUUUUCCCCCCUUGUUCACACAAAGAAACAUUCACAUUUUUCCUACAGAUACUUCAACUGUUUUUGAAGGACUGAAAAGAACUGAAGGGUACAAAUAGUUAUAAAAGAAAAUAAGUAGUCAAAUUCAGAUGUAUUCAUUUUCUUUUAUUUUUUUUGUAUACUGACUAUUGUGUGUGUUAAAGAAAACUUACCUUGCUGGAGGAAGAAAAAAGGUUUUGAAAUCUAAAACAGAGGGAUAAUAAGAACAUUUUUGGUUAACAUUGUUGUUGUUUUUUUUUUUUUUUCUCUUCCCCCAUUGUCUUGUAUUAAUUCUUAAAUCUUACCAGUUUUUUUUUUUUGUAAAAUAUAAACUGUUAGUGAACCCAAAUCUUCAGAGUCUGGUGUGGUCGCUGUUGUGGCAUCUUUCUCAGCAGUGAGCAUAUUCUGAGACGCUGGUCCAUUGGGUUGUAUUGUACUACUUUGAGUUAAUUGCAUACAGUGCAGGUUACAAUGAUCAUCUGGGAAACUGCACAAUUAUCUACUGGUUAAAAUAGGCUUCGAUCCCAGUGGUGGGAUCUGUUUGGUGGAGGGAUUAUGUUCUUGCUUUGUCUUUGAGAUUCUCAUUAGGAUUUUAAAUCGCCUAUUUUUUUCUCAAUCUUCAGAUGUUUUCUAUAUAAAGCAUGUUUCAGACCAUGGAGAAAAUAAGCCAUAUAUGUAAAUCUUCCACUGAUAAUGUGGUAACCAGCGUACCAUGACUGAGCGCUGAUGUUUUCCUUCAGAAGGAAGUUGAGCAGCAGUUAAAUGAAGCCCUCCACCGUUCCCUCAGCAACAUCAGGUUCAUCGGAGAGCUGUUUAAGCUGAACGUGUUGAAGGAGCAGAUCAUGCACACCUGCAUCGUCAAGCUGCUGAAGAACCACGAUGAGGAGAGUCUCGAGUGUCUCUGCAGACUCCUGUCCACCAUCGGCAAGAACCUGGACCUCAAGCAGGCAAAGCCCUGUAUGGACCAGUACUUCCACCAAAUGGAAACAAUAAUAAAAGAGAAACAUCAAGGAUCCGCUUCAUGCUGCAGGACAUGUUGGACCUGAGAAGAAAUAACUGGGUUCUCUGGCGAGGUGACCAGGGCCCUAAAACCAUCAAGCAGAUCCAUAAAAAGGCAGAACUGGAGGAAUAUAGAGAGCAGAUUAAAGUGCAGCAGCUGCUUCAGUCCAUGAAAGACCUGAGUCGAGGAAGACGAAGAGAAAUGAAUCAGCCUCAGGACGAGGGCUGGAACACGGUACCCAUCAGCACCCAGAAACUGCCCAAUCUGCUUCUUGCCCCUGGAGGAAAGGGAUCAUGGGGCAGUUGUGGUAAAGGGAGCAGCAGUGGACCUGGAGCCAAAACCAGCACUAAACAAGAUGCAGGAUGGCCGGCCAUGUGCAAUCUGAACCCAUUCUCAGCUCUUCAGCAGUCAGGCCCUUCAUCCACGUCCUCCUCAUCCUCACUGGACUCUAAGCACAGAGAUCCCCAGGACCGAGACCGAGGGCUGGACAGGAAAGAAAAUGGCCAUUAUGAUGACCACAGGACAUGCUCACCUCUAUCUUCACAAAUAUGAUGUUGAAUUCUUGUAAGAAGAAAUCGUAUGUUGCUGAGGAGGCAGAGCAAGAAUCUGAAUAUUAAAGACUUUCUUCCUUUCUACAACUUAAAACAAAUCCUGCAGGUCAGGCCACAGGCCAUGGGUGUGCAGGUGGAGGGAUGGGGUCAGGGUUUUCUGCCAUCAUAGUCUACAGUAUUUCACUCUGUGACACUGCAGUUUUAAUGCUCUACUGAACCGUUUACACUCACUGCAUUUAAUGAAAUCAAAAACGAUUCAUUCAACAAUAAUGCACGCUGUAUCUCGGUUUGCUGUGCUGUAAUUAGACAAUUUAUUUUUCUUUAUUUUAUUUAUUUUUCUUUUUUUAAAUAAAAGUAAGGAGAGAUGUGGGAUAAUGUAGAGGAGUAGAAAUUAUAAUGUUACUUCAAAAUGUAGUGGAGUGAAAGUAAAGUUUCUCAGACUCAAAAAUUUGAGUAAAGGACAGAUCCUGGAAAAAGAUACUUACCCACCACUGGUUUAUACAUAAUGUGACAAUAUUAACUACAGUAUAUUUUCAUUUAACAAAAACUCAGAGAAGCUUUUAAAAUCAUAUAUUAUAUUUAUCCAGAGCAACUUGUUUAUCUCCAUUAUACAAAUGAGGGGCAAGAGCCUUACUCAGGGGCCCAGCACUAGCAGCAUGGUGUCCUGGGAUUUAAACUCACAACCUUACAAGCAGUAGUCCAACACCUGAUAAUUUGCUUCUAGCCUUUUGUUGAUUCUCCCCCUCCCACUAAUUAUUUUCAACGAGUAUAAUGAAUUCAAUUCAGGGAGUAUAACACGUUUGUCUGGAAGCUCUUACUCUACACUGCUCCUUGCCAUGAAGCCAAACUGGAAGACAAUGUUCCAGACACAGAGUUAUGUAAUAAACACUGGUGAUGUUUGAAUGCUACUGAAGCUCUUAAUAAUGUUAAUAAAGUG